GGAUUGUUUAAUUACGAACCGGUCUGUCUAUCUUCAAGCAAUUGCCUAGACUGCUUGGACGAUGCUUAAUUAGCCGUGCCAAGACUUGUGGCUCAAGCUCGCGCCUCUCUCUCUCCCGUGAAGUCCCCUUUACACGUACAGUAUGCAUCGUGUAACCACAAUCCUCCACACCAAAAGGACACCUGCAACGUCUCAACGAUUGAAAUUCUCGCAAACUGAAAUUGUCAUCGACCUAUCACAUCCUCUCUCUACCAUAUCUCUUCUCAUCCCGUCCAUCGGCGAUGUUCCGAAAAGAGCUGGACAGCCGUGCAAGGAGAGGACUGGACGAGGUGGCGGGUUGUCGAUUAACACCACGAAUCUCAUUGGUCGGUCCUUAUCAAGCCUCGCUCUGGAGUCCUACGCUGACCGUCUAGAAGCGAUUGUCAUCGGCUGCCUCCGCGUUCUUGACUCGCUACCAUGCUUCAGAUCACCCAUGUGGGCUUGAAUAGGGUCGCAUCAACAUGGGGUCCCUCUCGUUUGGCGUAUCUUGCUCGAGACCCAGG